CUUUCCAAUUCAGAGUUUGUUGAGCGAAAGGGCGAUUUUCUGAUUCAACCAAAUCUAGGGUUUGGAAUUCCAAUUCCCAAUUUCCUCUCUUGUCCGAUUCUUUUUCUCUUUUACUUUUCCUUUCCCUUCCGACAAAUUUUCCCUCUCUCUCGCGCGGAUCACGACAAUCCCUCAUCCAUCUUCCUCGCCUCCAUCAAUCCUUUCUCAAAAAUGGUCUCAUUUUCUCGGGAAAAUACCUCUUCCUGUCUUAUCGCCCGAGUUCUUGUCCUAUUCAUCAUCCCUUGUUCGAGUUGUUGCGCAAUUCCGAUUUCCUAGUUUUCCUCGAUCAAUUCCGUGAUCCGCAAAUUGCAAUUUGGGGCAAUUCAUUUUUUUUUUGUUCUGAACAUUUUUUGUGCUUGUUGUAAUAGAGCUGUGGGUAGGAUACGUGAGGGUUUGUGAAAAGUGUAGUUGAUACGUGUUGAAUACUCUGUGCAUAGAUAUCUAUUUGUUAAUUAGGUUUUUUGUAUAUAUCUGGAUAUUGCUGUAAUUGUUUUGUGAUUUGGGAGUGAGUUAUGCAUAUAGAGGAAUUGAAGGGAGGUGAGGUGGGAGAAGGUGGAGAGGAAGGAAGAUCGAGCUUUGUUGGUUACGAUGCCAAAAGGGUUCUUGUUGGAGCAGGCGCUCGAGCGCUUUUCUAUCCGACCCUGUUUUACAAUGUCGUUAGGAAUAAGAUUCAGGCUGAGUUUCGAUGGUGGGAUAAGGUUGACGAGUUCAUAUUAUUAGGUGCUGUUCCAUUUCCUAUUGAUGUUCCUCGCUUGAAGGAGCUUGGUGUUCGCGCGGUCAUCACAUUGAAUGAGUCAUAUGAGACUUUGGUUCCAACCACAUUAUAUUAUGCUCAUGGAAUUGACCAUCUGGUGCUUCCUACUAGAGAUUACUGUUUUGCUCCAUCAUUGCAUGACAUAUGCCGUGCUGUGGACUUCAUACAUGAAAAUGCAUUGUCUGGACGCACUACGUAUGUGCACUGCAAAGCUGGACGUGGUCGCAGCACAACUAUUGUAAUUUGUUAUCUGGUGCACCACAAACUGAUGACACCUGAUGCUGCAUAUGAUUAUGUGAAGUCAAUUCGGCCAAGGGUGCUUCUAGCUUCCUCUCAGUGGCAGGCUGUUCAGGAAUACUACUGCCACCUUAUGGUGAGGAAGGCUGUUGGAUGUGCUCCUGCGGCCAAUCUAUUGGUAAAGGCUUAUGAGGUGGGAGCAGCUUCACGAGAUCUUAUAUUGUUUGAUGACAGUUCUUUAGUUGUGGUAACAGAGUCAGAUCUUGAAGGAUACGACCCAAGUAGUCAAUCAGAAACCAUGACAAGUGAAAUAUGGGCAGAUUUAAGUGUUGUUUACCGGGUGCGAGUUGCUGGACAGGCGGCAUUGGCCAGAAUAUCAUGCCUUUGGCUGCGAUGUGGUACUAACCAGAAGAUUUCUUCGGAGAAACUGAACAGGGAAAGUAGUUGCUCGAUCAGGACUAAUCACUUGGGAGGAAUUAGUGUUGAUAUCCGCGUGUGCUGAAAUAGCAGCCUAAGUUGCCUUUAAAGUUUGACAUGUUUUCCAUGUUCUGAAAUGUAAUAAUUCAUGUUUGGUGGGCCUGAAUAUAUAACUCGUUUUCCUCUCUGUAUAUAUUCGAAUACAAGUUAUGAGUAUUAUACGGGUCAAUCAAUCAAUGCGUCUUUUUUAUAUUG